ACGUGCUGUGGAGCGAUCAGCUGAUUGGUGCAUCACUUCCUGUUUAGUUUUCCCGGUGUGUCGGUUUCGGGUUCGAGCGUCUCGCAGAUUUACCGCAAAUUCUGCGCUUUUUCCCGCAUAUUGUCACAUUUAGGCUUUUGCAUCCGCAGGUCGUUCAUGAACACCUCAGAGAGCGACGAGGACUCGUGUAACGAGAGGACGGCACUCAUGAGCACAGAGAGUCCGUGUGUGCAGCCGUAUGACGGGCAGCGUGACUCGCCCCGGGACGCCGACGCCACCCGGCAUCGGCCCGUCAGCUCCGACUCGACAGACUCUAUGCAAGGUCCCCGCGAUGCUGUUCAGGACGGUGAGGACGAGGAACUGACGCUGAAGUACGGCGCAAAACACGUCAUCAUGCUCUUCAUCCCUGUGACGCUCUGCAUGGUGGUCGUCGUGGCGACCAUCAAAUCCGUCAGCUUCUACACUGAGAAAAAUGGCCAGCACCUCAUUUACACGCCUUUCCCUGAGGACCCGAACACCGUGGGCGAGAGGCUGCUGUCGUCGUUCCUCAACACCAUUGUGAUGAUCAGCGUGAUCGUGGUCAUGACCAUCUUCUUGGUGCUGCUCUAUAAGUAUCGCUGCUACAAGUUUAUCCAUGGCUGGCUAAUGCUCUCCUCCCUGAUGCUGCUAUUCUGGUUCAGUUACAUGUAUCUGGAGGAGGUGUUCAGGACGUACAAUGUGGCGAUGGACUACCCGACGGUGGCCAUGAUUAUCUGGAACUUCGGGGCGGUGGGGAUGAUCUGUAUCCACUGGAAAGGUCCUCUUCAGCUACAGCAAGCCUACCUCAUCAUGGUCAGCUCUCUCAUGGCCCUCAUCUUCAUCAAAUACCUGCCGGAGUGGUCUGCAUGGGUCAUCCUGGCCGGGAUCUCUAUCUAUGAUCUGGUAGCCGUACUGAGCCCUAAAGGUCCUCUGAGGAUGCUGGUGGAGACGGCGCAGGAGAGGAACGAGCCCAUCUUCCCAGCUCUUAUCUACUCGUCUGCUAUGGUGUGGAUGGUGGGAAUGGCCAAUCCGUCUGCAGCUCCUAACGCAGAUCAAGAAGCGCUUCAUGGCGACGACAGGGCCGUGGAGAGGGAAGGGGCGGAGCCUGAGGGUCAGGCGGUUCAAGGGCAGAGUAGGAGCCAGCCUGAGGAGGAGGAGCUAGAGGAAGACAGGGGAGUGAAGUUAGGAUUAGGAGACUUCAUCUUCUACAGUGUUCUGGUGGGGAAAGCAGCAGCCACCGGCGGCGACUGGAACACCACACUCGCCUGCUUUGUAGCCAUUCUCAUCGGUCUGUGCCUGACUCUCUUGCUGUUGGCCAUCUUUAAGAAAGCUCUCCCGGCUCUGCCCAUCUCCAUUACCUUUGGCCUUGUCUUCUACUUCUCCACCGACAACCUGGUGCAGCCGUUCAUGGACAGCCUGGCAGCUCAUCAGUACUACAUCUGACCCCAGAGAACCUCCAUAAGCACCCAACCAGCAUCCGUGAAUGUGAGAAUAACGACAAAGGCUUUUAUUUACCCUCGUACGUGGAGAACGCUGGAGGCAGGACCUGCCGGUGAUCGCCGACGCCAGACACUCACAAAGACACGUAGCCCUGUGUUGAUUUUUAAAAUAAGACCUGACCUGGGAUCAGCUCUCGUCUGUCGUAUUCGGAUUGAUAACUUGGAUACGAGAAGCAACAGCUGACCCUAGAUCAGAUAAUGUUUGGUGCACAGGUGGUUCGGCUCUGAGCGUUUGUUCUGGGCCUCCAGAUGCUCUUCAAAGGUUUUUCUAUGCUUUAUUUUUAAGAAUUUAGUAUUUUAUUGCAUUCGGAUUCUAAGCUGCAAAUGUUUUAGGAAAUAAUAACAAAUUUGAGCGAUUCGUAUUAAUCAAACGUUCAAAAAACGAAUAAGUACAAAUAAAGAAAAAAAACAGGAAACUGUUAAACAAAAAUGAAAGAUUUGGUUAAAUAACCCUCUAAAAAAAAAAAAAAAACUUGUGGUAUUUAUAUGAGGUAAAAACACGUGUUAGUUUAGCGCACAGAUUCUGCCAAGGAACUUUGAAGGAAAAAUGAAAUGUUCACCUAAACAUGAAUGAUUAUUAAACUAGUUAAAGCUUAACCGCAUCAGAUAUCGAUUCAGAAAUCAUGAAAUAUCACAAUUACACAGAGACAGAAGAAUCACGAAUUAUAACAUUACCAGACUGAGGUGACCGCAAAGGUUCAGACUUUUAUGGGGCUAAACUGCCGAUGCUAUUUAGCCACAUUUGCGUCGUCCCUAAGAAGUACUCUGAGGCGCCUAACGUUUCUCGGCUACAUUUUAUUUUCAGAGGUUUCAUGUAAUCCUGAAGUGUAUUUAUGUAUUUACAUCUUUGAAUUCACAAACAGAUGUGUUUUUGUGCUCGUGCUAUUUACAGCGUAUUUACGUCUUAACGGCUCACGAUCUCGAAAUAUUUGUUUCUUUCUACUUUUUAGUCGAUUUGCGACUAAGAAUAAAUCGCUGAAUUAUCAUUAUCAUGGACCGGUCACCGCGACGUGAAUAACCUUGUUUGAAUUAGACGAUUAAACGAUUUAAUGCAACACGUUUAAUGCUUAGGUUUUAUUUCUUCAUACACUGCAAAUUCUGGCCUUUGUAACAAACUCUCUGUGAGUUUAUUCUCUCUGUGCAUUGAAUAUACUCUAGCACAAAAGUAAAUUAAUUUUCUUUUAUUAAAUAUAACUCCUAACUAACACCAAAAUAUUACACCGCUUUAGAUUAACACUGUUGUCCAAAAAAAUAAGUAAAAAAAAAAUAACAAACUCCCAAAAUCUAACUCCAAUCCAAGUUUAUGUCCAACUUCAGAAAUUUGCUGUAUACAUUUGUUUACGUUACACAACUCACAGGUGGAAACUGGGGAUGUUCUUAUUCCAGGGAUUUCAGAACAGCGUAACAGAUAUUGCAUCAUCGGGUAGGCGUGGCCUAUUUGAUAAUCUAACCCUAACCGUAGUUUUUAGUUAUUUGUUUUCUAAAAUAAAUCUACCAGUAUGACUGUUUUGUCCUUCGUAGUACGCUGUUUUGUUUUUUUUUUGAAAGAGGGCGUUUUUCCAAGACAUCCGGAAACACACCCACUUUACGUCGUGGUAACGAAACCCCUGGAAUUUAGUGAAUGCCGUGGAAACUGAUGCUCACAACAUCUCAGCGUCAAGGUCUGAGAAUCGUUACGGCAAUACUACAAACCCUAUCCCUUCUCUUGUAUCGUAACAAUCGCCAAUGAUUACAAUGAAUUUUUGUCUGCUCAGUGGUGUAUAAUGUCCCUGAAACCAGUUUUCAAAAGAAAAAGAAAAAGCUCAGUGUGUUCUGAAAAUGUUGGGAAAAGAUUUCAAGCUUUACCUCUUAACUGACACAAAGUUCUGCCAGUGUAAACUCCUUCCAUCAAUGUUAAAUCAACAUUUUAUGAUUCAUAACAGCUUUAUUAAAUACGAGGAAAUUUCCGGUCUAGAAGGUUCUACGGCUCUGAAGAACCGUCCGAAUAACAUAAAAUAAUAAACAUUGAGGGGGGGCACGGUGGCUUAGUGGUUAGCACGUUCGCCUCACACCUCGCCUUGUGUGUGUGGAGUUUGCAUGUUCUCCCCGUGCCUCGGGGGUUUCCUCCGGGUACUCUGGUUUCCUCCCCCGGUCCAAAGACAUGCAUGGUAGGUUGAUUGGCAUCUCUGGAAAAUUGUCCGUAGUGUGUGAUUGCGUGAGUGAAUGUGAGUGUGUGUGUGCCCUGUGAUGGGUUGGCACUCCGUCCAGGGUGUAUCCUGCCUUGAUGCCCGAUGACGCCUGAGAUGCACAGGCUCCCCGUGACCCGAGGUAGUUCGGAUAAGCGGUAGAAGAUGAAUGAAUGAACAUUGAGGCAGAAUUAAUCUUCCAGUUAAAACUACAAAACAUCAGAGAAUCACCGGUGUAAACUGCUUAGGAGAGAAACCUCUAAGACUUCAAAUCGUAAUUCUCCAUUUCAGCUGGGAAAUAAAGAUCUAUAACAAACCCACUAGUGUAGCGUCUUGAUUUGGGAUUGAGGUUUCGACCAAUCAUCAAUUAAGCUUUUCUUCUUUUCUGCAGUAAUUUACUGCCUGGAAUAAGUUGAGAAGUGUUUUAGAUAUAAGAAGGAUAAAUGAGUACACAUGAUAAACCUGACUGAAGGCGGUGCUUGGAAACUGCUUGGUGUUUUUGUCUACGCAGAGUGUCUUUAUAUUAUACACUGAAGAAUAUUCACAUAUUUUCUAGAUUCCUGUGUAAAACUUUGCUUUUUCUAUGUUUACAUAUAACCCCAGGUUUCCUCGCUGGUUUGUUUGUCAUGUGGAACUGAUGUUGUGUAAGAAUAAAAUGUAAACAACCCAAAAGACAAGGACAAUAAAUUAUUAAACC